AGGAAAUCAACAUGAAAAUUGUAAUAGUUUUAACAGCCCUGUUUAUUGGAGACAUUAAUUGUAAUUCUGACCACUCGGUCUGGACAGAAUUUAAAACCAAACACUCAAAAAAUUACAGCGUACAUGAAGAACAAACUCGUUUCUCAGUUUUUCAAGAAAACUUGCGAAAAAUUGAACAACAUAAUGCAAGAUAUAAGAAAGGAGAAGUCUCAUACUUUCUUAAUAUCACAAAAUUUGCUGAUUGGACUAAAGAGGAGGUUCAGAAAUUUUUAAAACCUCUUCCAAAAAACCAAUUAGCAUUUAAAACCGUAGAACAGAAUCCAGUAGGUGCAGAUUAUCCUACUUCAUUUGACUGGAGAGACCAUGGAGCAGUCAGUGAGAUUCAAGACCAAGGACUGUGUUUAUCGGGAUGGGCUUUUGCAGCUGCCGGAGCAGUAGAGGGAAGAUAUGCAGCUUUAAAGAAGGAAUUAAUCGCUUUGAGUUCUGAAGAAUUAAUAGAUUGUUCUACAUACGAAAACCCUAAAUGUGAUAAAGGAGGUAUUGCCGAGUACUCCUAUUAUUAUAUUCAAGGCAGUGGUCUUAGUUCCGCUGAACAGUACCCAUAUACAGCGACCAAUUCAGUACCAUCAACUUGUUAUGGCAAAAACAUUACAAAUAAACCUAUUCAACCUUUCGGUAAUUUUGGAACUAUUCAACAAACUGAAGAUGCUAUCAAAGGAUUUAUUGCUGAUCUUUCCCCAAUCUCCACACAUGUACAAGUUAUUGAAGACUGGCUUUUGUAUGGAGGUGGUGUCUACGACAACCCAAAAUGUGGCAAUGGCUUAGCAACACUCAAUCAUGGGAUUCUCGCUGUUGGUUACGGAGUGGAUGAGAAAGAAGGAAAAGAAUACUUUACACUUAAAAAUUCUUGGGGUAGCGAUUGGGGAGAAGAAGGCUACAUUAGGGUAGUUCGCAACAAAAAGCAAUGUGGUAUUAGCACCCGUGCCUCAUUUCCUAUUUUGUGGUUUGAGUAAACAUAUUGUUGUAGUUAAAAUUGAUCUGAGAUAUUAAAAAAAAUUUCAUUAG